CUCCGCUCUGGGGUUUUACUUUACCUCUUCCCGCAAUAGUUUCGCCAGCCCCUUGAGCUUCUUUUCUUCGACCCGAAAACCCUCUGGAGUUCGGUUCCGUUGCAGGCGCUCAAGGUUGAAAGGUCGUCAGGUCAGCAUCAAUCAUGGGAAAGUCUAGAAAAGAUUCCAAUGCGAAAGCGGAGCGGAAGUUCGAGAAGAGGCUCGAUUUCUACAACAAGGUUAAGGAUUCGGUUGUUCUGAAUGCUACCAAGUCGAUUGCCAAGCUAGUUGAAGUGAAAAACUUUCGUUCUUCCUUCCAGAAGAAGAAACUCAGAAGUCGACAAAAGAAGUUGAAGCCGUAUGACCUUUCCACACUGUCUGAGUUUCUUCCUGAGUUGAAUGCUCCAAAACAGAGAGCACCUGAAAAGGAGUUUAAACUGAACUGCAAGUCGAGGAGAAAGCUAUUGGAGAUUGAAGGGAAACAACUGAAUACUGUUCUCAACCAUCCAGCUUUCCAGGCUGAUCCGUUCGGAUCCAUCCAUCAACAUGUACUGAGCACUUUGCCUCCUGCAGAAGAUAAACCUAGGAAGAAGGACAACAAGAAUGGCAAGAAAAAGAAAUCGAAAAGUAAAAAGUCCAAGUCUUCUUCUGGACCUGCUUCUAUGGAGUACUGAUGUAAUAGGUUGUGAGUUUUGUAUGGCAACAGGAAGAAAUCAAAACGAUAAAAACUCGAA